ACGACGACGUCGAGAGCAACAGCUAUUUGGACGUCGCGCUUAUUGCUCGUAGCCGGUGAGCAGUCCAGUGCUACUAACCUGUCGAAAAACAUCGGGCCGAAAUAGCGGCUGACCUCGUGUCUGUGUUCCGACAGGGUGGCACGCUACGUGAUAUAGGAAACUUUUGUGAGUCAGAACAAUAAAAGCAGAAGAGCAAUAAGAAUUGCUAAGAUCGUAGUAGCUUUCGGAAUCAACAAUCGUCUGGUGGAUCGCGUUGUUAUCGUUGCUGUCAUCGCUACUGUUAUUGUUAUUGUUGUAAUUGUUGGUGUUAUUGGUGUUGUUGUUUUAAUAAUAAUUACAGUAGUCGUUAUUGUUAUUGUUGUUGUGCUGGUGGUGGCGACGAUGGUAACCACAUCUACAGUGCUCUCGCGAGAGUUUAAGCUACGAGUCGGGGGUUAAAUUGUGCAACCGAGUGUCGCCGACACGUGUCGUGUCGGGCAAUAGUGGGUGAAUAAGUUCCUGACUUCAUUUGGGAGUCCCGAUAGCGCAGCUCUCAAAACCGGCGUCGAGUCGGUUAAUUGUUACCUCCUCGUUCCGGAUCAGUGUUCGAAACUCCCGCGCGCAGUGCCGUGUCGUCGGGCAGUUUCGACCCCAUAAUUGGCCGACACGACGAUUUCGCAAAAGCCCCGUAGUAGUAGCAGCGCGGGCGGCGGUGGCGGCGGUGCCAUCGGCGAUAAACGAGCGACUUGGACGGGUUCGACCGUCUACGAGGAAUACGACCUCGCGCACCGCUCGUCCGAACGUAUAAAAGUGAGGCGUGCUUGCGAGGAGUCGGUGCAGCUGUUGAGUGAGAGGCAGGCCAACGGCACUCCUAUACCCAUCACCACGAGCAUCAAUCAGAUCAAGCGACGCAUCAUCGCCAAGUUAUUCUCCGGCGGCAAGGGAGGGUUGGCGGGCGCAUCCGGCCAGCAAGAUUUGCCGACAAACAGCGGCAACAGCAGCAUGGACCUGGGCGAUCGUGUUUACGCGGCCGAGAGGAUCACCAAGAAGCGUGUCAAGAGGGGCAAAGUCGAGUACUACGUCAAAUGGAAGGGUUGGAGCAAAAAAUACAACACGUGGGAACCAGAAGAAAAUAUUUUAGAUUACAGGUUAAUCGAACUUUAUGAAGAGAGUCAAAGGGGAGGUGAUAUCACGACUAGAAGACCAAGGCGAAGGGAUGCAAGAUAUAGUGAGCAAGUGCUCGCUAAUCUUGUUGUGGAGGAGGAGCCGGGCGGGGACGAGCGCGUGGGCGAGGAUAGUCAGGAUGAAUCGGCGAGUGAGGCUUCGGCCGCGGCCGCAUCGACGGUUGUAGCCGUAGUUGAGCGCCUCAACGAUGUCGGUGUCGACGGCCUCAACGUCGACGAAGAUACCUUGGCAAGUUCACUUGAUGGGCGCGAUUCUCCGGUGCCGCCCACCGAGCUUUCAGCCUCGGCAGACAGCUCGAGCAGUAGUGUCGACAUUCCCCUCUUACCGGAACGCGAGCCUGCCGGUACCAAGAGGAAGGCCGAGGUAUUGAGCAAGGAAUCCGGUAAGAUCGGCGUCACAAUCACUACCAGCAGCCCAAGCAGUGGCAGUGGCAGUCCGCCACCCAACAAAAUACCCAGACUCUUACCACUCAAGGCCACCAACAGUUCCACUUCACCGACUUAUCAUACGCAUAAAGUGAAUGGUAGGCGACCAUCUUCAUCAAGCGUGAAAUCAACGCCGGAAGAGCCACUACCGGCUGUCCCCACGACACCGGCCCCCCCCUUGCUGGACAAGAAGCGACCUGAGGCCGAUGUGCCACGUGGACCGCCACCGUCACUACCGCGAGCUCCUUCAUCUCCUCUGUCCCCCCAAAUCGAGACACCACUUGAACUCCAUCCGAUACAUCAACAACAGCAGCAGCAGCAACAGCAGCAACAGCAACAUUUACAGCAACCAACGAAAAAGAAGCAUCAGCAGCAGAACAUGGUGCAACAGGAACAGCGUAAGAGCGGUGAAAAGGAGAAAACACAACAACAAAACGGCCAGAUAAGCAUGGACGUUAACGGACAUAAAUCACCAAGUCCCACGGAUUCUUAUACCAACAAUAACAGGUUAAAUGUUACAGUUCUCAACGGCCAUCACAGCCACAAUAAUAUCAUCAACAAUAAUAAUAACAACAACAACAUCAUCAUAAACAACAACAAUAAUCUUAACACCAAUAUCACGAAUAACAAUAACAACAACAAUAAUAGCAACAAUAAUAAUAAUAUAAACAGUAUCAAAUCAACGAGCAUUAAACAGCAGCAUCAACAACAGACAGAUGUAAUAAAACCAAGUGAAACUGUUUACAUGCCACUUAUAAGUCCCGGCACUGAUUAUUGGCACGCGCGUAAUCCUGUGGCUGAUCAGGUCUUCAUUACGGACGUUACCGUUAAUCUCAAGACCGUCACCAUCAGGGAAUGCAAGACUGAGAAAGGAUUCUUUCGUGAGCGAGAUCCGAAGAGCGAUGUUUAUCAAUAAAUGAUGGCUUAGAUAAUUGGUUAAGAGAAAACCGUGUGUUGUAAUAUUCAAAUGUUUUAAAGCUUGUAUAUAUAAAUUAUUUUCGCACUAAAGCACGAGACGAGCGC